GUGUUAGAGCUUAUUAUGAACGAGAAGCCCCCAAACAGCACUAGCCUGUUUCUGAGUGAAGACUCUGAGAAGCCACAGCGUGCCGACGAAGGCCUCCACCGCCUGUGCCAAGUGUUACAGAAGCAGAUAUCAGGAAGCAGGAGAAAGAUGGGCGGCAUCACACGAAACGGCGUCAAGACGUUCCUGCGGAGGAACGCGUUUGUGAUAUUCACCGUUGCUGCUGUGGCUUUGGGGGUGGCACUGGGGUUUGCCCUGAGACCUCAUAAUCUGUCCAUCAGGGAGGUGAAGUAUUUCUCUUUCCCUGGAGAGCUGUUGAUGAGGAUGCUUCAGAUGCUUGUUCUUCCACUGAUUGUCUCCAGCCUUGUCACAGGAAUCUCAUCUUUAGACAGCAAGGCCUCUGGAAAGAUGGGAAUUCGGGCCAUCAUCUACUACAUGGUGACCACAUUAAUUGCAGUUUUCAUCGGCAUUGUGAUGGUGAUUAUCAUCAAACCGGGUAAAGGCAGCAGAGAUAGUCCAGUGGCCUCUAGUGGCAGCAUUGAGCCAGUACAGGCCGCAGAUGCUUUUCUGGACCUUAUAAGAAACAUGUUUCCCCCAAAUUUAGUCGAAGCCUGCUUUAAACAGUACAAAACACUAUACAAGAAAACCGUGCUGACAAAAAAUGUCACCAUCGUGGUGAAUGCGACAGAGAACAUCAACUCUACUGAUCUCAGCCAAAUGUACAACUUCAGCACAGUCCUGCAGACCAUCCAGGAGACGGUGGAGGAGGCCGUCCCAGUCUCUGGCUCUUCCAAUGGGGUGAACGCCUUGGGCUUGGUAGUUUUCUCCAUGUGCUUUGGAUUAGUGAUCGGAAACAUGAAACAGCAGGGCCAGGCUCUCCGGGACUUCUUUGACUGCCUGAAUGAAGCCAUAAUGCGCUUGGUGGCCAUCAUAAUUUGGUACGCUCCAGUGGGAAUCCUCUUCCUGAUAGCAGGGAAGAUAGUGGAGAUGAAGGAUCUGGCUCAGGUUGGAGGGCAGUUAGGGAUGUACACGGUGUCUGUGAUUGUGGGGCUGCUCAUCCACGGCCUGUUGGUUCUGCCUCUGCUCUUCUUUGUGGUGACCAAGAAGAAUCCGUUCACCUUCAUCACUGGGCUACUGCAGGCUCUCAUCACUGCUCUGGGCACUUCGUCAAGUUCUGCCACCCUGCCCAUUACUUUCCGUUGUCUUGAAGAAAACAACCACGUGGACAAGAGAGUUACACGUUUUGUGCUGCCGGUCGGAGCCACAAUCAACAUGGAUGGCACAGCUUUAUACGAAGCCGUGGCAGCCAUUUUCAUCGCUCAGGUCAAUGACAUGGAUCUGAACUUUGGCCAGAUCCUCACCAUCAGUAUUACAGCAACCGCCGCUAGCAUCGGAGCAGCAGGCAUCCCUCAGGCUGGGCUGGUUACUAUGGUGAUAGUAUUGACAUCGGUAGGACUGCCCACAGAGGACAUUACCCUGAUCAUCGCGGUGGACUGGUUCCUGGAUCGACUCAGGACCACCACCAACGUUCUGGGAGAUUCGUUUGGCGCGGGGAUUGUUGAGCAUCUGUCGCGGCAGGAACUUCAGAACCAAGAUGUACAAAUCAGCAACUCUGUGAUCGAGGAAAAUGACAAGCCGUACCAGCUGAUCUGUCAGGAGAACGACUCUCUCAAACACCGCAACAGUGAAACCACCAUGUAACAAUCCUCACACAUUUAUAGCUCACACCUGUAAGCACUGUUAUUUUUCUGAAAAUCAGAGGCGUGCUAU